AUGGCCGGGCAAGGAGGAGCCAUUGAGAGUUCGGACACCCUGCUAACCACGCGGAUUCUAGACAACGCUUUCCAAAGCAGCUUGGAGAGCAACAAGAAAUGGGCCGAGGAGACCAGCAAACGCGAUGCCGACUUCUUCCCCAAGUCCGCCAAAGGACAAGCGCCGCAGAUCCUCUGGCUGGGAUGCUCCGACUCGCGCAUCCCGGAAACCACCAUCCUCGGCCUGAAGCCGGGAGACGUCUUCACCCACCGCAACAUCGCCAACAUGAUUCAUCCCACCGAUCUGAGUUUGCUGAGUGUCGUGGAGUUUUCCGUCCGGCAUCUCAAAGUCAACCACGUCGUCCUCUGCGGCCACACGAGCUGCGGAGGAGUCAACGCCGCGCUCGGCAACAGCAAGAUUGAUGUCCUCGAUCUCUGGCUCGGUCCCAUGAAAGCUUUGCGAGAGCAGCAUGUCGCCGAGCUGGAGAAGUUGGAGGGGGCGGAAAAGGCGACUUACCUGAGCAAGAUCAACGUCAAGCACGGCGUUGAGCAGCUCCGACGCCUUCCCCCUGUCUUGGAAGCGAUGAGGGACCGCGGCUUGCAAGUGCACGGCUUGAUCUACGACCUCGCUACUGGGCGCCUGGAGGACCUCCAUUGCGGGGAGCAUGAGUCGGCGGGCAAGAAGAGACUUGCCGUGUUCGAGACGAAAUAG